GCCGUCAACCCUUCACCACACAAGGCCUGGCUUGGGGCCUCUUUGGGCAUGGAAGACUCUUACUGUCUCUUGCCAUCCAUGACGUGCUCUGAACCUGACCUGAAUCACACGGGCCAAUUAUGAAGGUGUAAAGGCAGCUAGUUUUGCAUAUGGAAUUGUCAUUUGGUAGAUAGCAUACCAUGCAGCUAUGAAGGCUGAAUAGCACAUGCCGGCAUGAGAGUCUAUAGGCUGGCCGAUGCAGCCGGUGAGACACUUCCUAGUGGAGCACAGUGUACUUGUAUAUAGUCCUGGUUAGUUUUGUGUGUAACCUUCACAUAGGCCUGCGCUUGUGGGGCAGCACUACAUACCUGUUUACAUUGGGAGAAGCAUUACUAGUCUGGUUGUGUUGUUACCUGGUUGGAUAGGUACUACCUGAGCUCAGGUGUGCAGUUAAGGUGUGAACAUGGGAAACUACAUCAACAUUCCUCUACAGAUCUAGGGAUGUGGAAUUUUCUUUACUUAUCAGAUGAUCACAGUUUUGUUUUGCUGAUCUCGGGUACUAACGGAUAUUUCUUAACGGCUCUAGGGGUCCGUUGGACUGCGUGUGUUGACUGUUAGGGAGACAUACCUGGAGGUAUUAACACUCAAGUCCAAUAUUGAUCAGCACUGCUAUGUAUAUGGGUAUUGUUUGAUGGAUUACACCUACAAGUAUAUCCAUCUAUAGGCGGCCAGACUUGUGACAACUCAGGGCUCUACCUGAUGGAUCUUCGUUAAGACAAUGGGUUGUGGUGGAGGUGUUACAGGUGCUCUGGCUGGACUAGCCCCUCCAUCGCCGUCUUGACCCAAUGCUUGGAAUAGCAGCUCCCUGCCUCUGAACCAGCCUCUAUCUACUGUACAUGUAUAUCCCUAGGCUUAAGUCUGGGCAACGAGCAGAGGAUAGCCUGGAUGAUAUUUUAACUUUCAUAGCUGAUAAAUACUGGGUUUUUUUAUAAGGUUGACCAGAGCACCAGUGCUGUACCUGUCAGCCUGCGUCAUUAUCUCACCUGUACAGUAUAGGUGUAACUGUGUUUGGUGGAGUAUUUACAUGUGCACCAUCAGUUGGCUGGAAGGAUCCUUACGAGUUUUACCUGUGCUCGCCUGGCUGCUCCGUCAGGUGGAGAACUUAGCAUGACCAUGUCGGAGCACACAGAGCUGGUGGCAGAGAUUGCCUAUGUGGAAAAACUGACACCUCAAGAGAGGCUGAAACACGCGAAAAAACGACGCCAACAGCAGCUGAAAAAAUUUGGCCAGUAUGAAAAACAUUUAUUGAAAGAGCAAGCAAAAAAGCAGAAGGCAGGAUUAGCAGUUUCACCUCAGCCGAAGUCAUCUCGAUCAGUGGAGUUUGUCAGUCAUGUGGUACUUUUGGAGGCGGCCAGUAGGAAUGACUUGGAGGAAGUGAAGAUGCUGUUACAGCAGAAUGUGAGCCCUGAUGUCACUAACGAGGAUGGACUCACAGCUCUGCAUCAGUGUUGUAUUGACAACAGUGAGGAGAUGCUACAAGUGCUGCUGCAGUAUGGGGCUAAUGUUAAUGCCAGAGACACAGAGUUAUGGACCCCAUUACACGCUGCUGCCACCUGCGGACAUAUCAACCUAUGCAAAUACUUGAUUGAUGCAGGAGCAGAACUGCUGGCGGUGAAUGCCGAUGGGAACAUGCCCUACGACAUCUGUGAAGAUGAGGUCACUCUCGAUUACAUAGAGACAGAGAUGGCAAAGAAAGGAGUGACCCAGGAGGAGAUUGAUGAGACUAGGAUAAGCACAGAGAAGCAGAUGUUAAGAGAUUUGAAAGAGCUCUUCGCUCAAGGUGGAAAUCUUGAGUUCACUGACAGAAGUAAUGCCACUCCAUUACAUAUAGCAGCAGCCAAUGGUUACAUAGACGUAGCAGAGUUUCUUGUGGAGAACCAUGUGGCCCUGGAUGCCCGAGAUGAGGAUUCCUGGCAACCCAUCCAUGCCGCAGCUUGCUGGUGUCAGCCUGAAAUUCUGGAGCUGCUAGUUCAUCAUGGUGCUGACAUUGAUGCAAAAACCAAAAAUGGGGAAACACCAUUUGAUAUAUGCGAAGAUCCUGAUCUUAAACAGCGGAUCCUUGACAUGAAGGAUGAGCUAGAGACGAAAGCGGCAAACAAACAACGAGAACAUGAUCAAAUGCGGCGACGAUCGCGUAACCGCAGGAGUUGGGGCAGUACAACAGGUUCUCUGUAUAGCUCAAACACCUCUCUAGGGGAUAAACACCCUCUCAGUGCAUCAAUUAGACGUACAAGCAUGAGAGAGAAGACAAUGUUGUCACUGAAGGAGGCUCGAGAAGAGGCCGCCCAUUUUGGGUUUGUGUCACAACCAGAUGAGGAUGAAAAUACCCAGGACAGAACGGUCAAUGGUGAUGAUGAGAAGUCUGUACCUAACUCAAACAUAGACGACAUUGUGGUUACCAUUGGUGAAGACGACAAACCAGAGCCAAUCACCGAUACCCGUGCCUCUUUGCACAAUGGGGAGUCCGAAUACAUGAGUGAAGAGUCCCGCCAUGUGCCACAGGACUCCCUGUACAGGAAUGGGACACCCCAACGCAGACAUCAGGAUGUUGUUGUGACUAAUGAUGAUAUUGCUCCCAGUCUCCCAGCCAAACAACCGCGGCAGUCACAGGUCAUAAAUGAUGCACGGCAAUCCCUUCCUAGAGAUCCCCAGCGCAAACCCCCGCCACCGAAUCCCAAACCUUCCUACUUGAACGGAGAUGCAGAUUCUCUCAGUGACACUCACUCCUUAAAUCGUCGCAGCCAGAUUCACAACCCGCCGAAUAAUGUGCACGAAUCAGACUUUAAUCACCCAGGUAAUGUGAAUCGGCCUGGAGCGGCCACUGUGCGAUAUCCAUCUGGGGUUCCCAUGGGAACACUGGCCGAUCUGAAGAAGUACCGCGCGGAGAAGAGUGGGACGUUGAGGCUGCGGGACAGUGCUAAUCUGGACACUCAGGUGCAAAACAUGUUUUUACAAACCGUGUCUUAUUCCGAACAUCCUCGGGACGGUUACUCUGCCUCACCCAAAACAAAGCCGGACAACCGUAACGGUCAUAACAACAGUCCGUCGUCACGUUCUUCUAUAACAGACAGACCCCUGCGGCGCUUCACUGCGCCAGGAAACGCGCAGAUUAUAGGUGGUGAUGAUGAACGGAAACAGAGAUGUUGCAUCAUUAUGUGAACAGUUUAUACACUUCAUGGCUACCAUGACUGCAUCAUAGACUUGACAGGGUUGUCUGCCCCUUCCUGAGGAACACCAUAGUUUGUUUGCUCAACUCCUUAAUGCUACACUUGAUAAGGCUUCCAGAUUAUGUUUGAUGCCUUUAACCCGGUCAGAGGCGUUUUAAUAUACAGGGGACUGAUUCUCUGGGGUAUUGGGCCCUCGUUGGCAAAUCAGAUCUGUACAUA